UCUUUUUGCCGCUCCUCCAGGACCUCCACCAUAAGAAAAGGAGCCCCUGGACCCACAUCCUCUAAGAUGUUUAUAUGGACCAGUGGCCGGACCUCUUCAUCUUACAGACACGAUGAGAAAAGGAAUAUUUACCAAAAAAUCAGGGACCACGACCUCCUGGACAAAAGGAAAACAGUCACAGCACUGAAGGCAGGCGAGGACCGAGCCAUCCUUCUGGGACUGGCCAUGAUGGUGUGCUCCAUCAUGAUGUACUUUCUGCUGGGGAUCACACUCCUGCGCUCAUACAUGCAGAGUGUGUGGACCGAAGAGUCUCAAUGCACAUUGCUGAAUGCGUCCAUCACGGAGACAUUUAAUUGCUCCUUCAGCUGUGGUCCAGACUGCUGGAAACUGUCUCAGUAUCCCUGCCUCCAGGUGUACGUUAACCUGACAUCUUCUGGGGAAAAGUUCCUUCUCUACCACACAGAAGAAACUAUGAAAAUCAAUCAAAAGUGUUCCUAUAUACCUAAGUGUGGAAAAAACUUUGAAGAAUCCAUGUCCCUGGUGACUGUUGUCAUGGAAAACUUCAGGAAGUACCAACACUUCUCCUGCUAUUCUGACCCAGAAGGAAACCAGAAGAGUGUCAUCCUAACCAAACUCUACAGUUCCAACGUGCUGUUCCAUUCACUCUUCUGGCCAACAUGCAUGAUGGCUGGGGGUGUGGCAAUUGUUGCCAUGGUAAAACUCACACAGUACCUCUCCCUGCUCUGUGAGAGGAUCCAACGGAUCAAUAGAUAAAAGCAAAAAUGGAUGAAAUAAUUUUCGUUAAAGCUCAAAUACUGUUUUCUUUCAUUCUUCACCAAAGAACCUUAAGUUUGUAAUGUGCAGUCUGUUAUGAGUUCCUUAAUAUAUUCUUAUACGUAGAGCAAUAAUGCAAAAGCUGUCCUAUAUGCAAACAUGAUGUCUUUGUUAUUCAGGAGAAGAAAUAACUGUUUUGUGUUAGUUAGUUGUUUUCAUAAUCGUACUUCAAUGCAGGAACUAGUACUUCCUUCUCUCCUUCUGCCAUAAUAGGGCUCAGUUAUUCAUUUGCCAAGCUUGUGGAGGAAUGUAGAUUAUAUCCAUGUGAUAAACUCUGUGUUCUGAGUUGUCAAAUCUCUUGAAGACAAUAUUUUUCAUUAUUCAUUGUUUACUAAAGCUACAGCCAAAAAUAUUUUUUCUUCUUAUUCUAAACUGAGCCCUAUAGCAAGUGAAGGGACCAGAUUUCCUAAAGGGUGUUAAGCAUUUUCCUUGUAUUUUUACCAUAUCACUGUAAAGAAGAGGGGAAACCCAGCCAGCUACAUUUCUUUCAUUAUUUUUUAUUCAUAACUUCAGAUUUUUAAAACUGAUUUCCAAAAACUAAGCUGUUUUCAGUAACCAAUUCUGGAAUAUCUUCCUGUGACUUAUGUAGAAAAUGAACAUUUCUCCCCUCCCCCCCUUCCAUUUUAAGACCCUACUACUGUGUGAAGAGAUGAUACUUACAAGGCGUUUCAUUGCCUGUGAAUUGACUGAAUGUUGGUUGGUGCUCCAUUACAAUCUAGGAAAGUCUGUGUUACUAGGAUAUGUUUGUGGAAAUAUUUAUUUCAUUUCAACUGAACUGUUAGAUGGAAAAAUUAAGAUGCUACUUGCUGGAAAAAACUGGUUUCAGGGGUAAAUCUGUUGUGGCAAAUUAACAUGUUGAAAUAUUGCUCCCUGGGAAUUUAUGUUUAAAUUAAUGAAUAUGUAGUCUCUCCUUCUGACAAGUGUUCCCUACCGGGAUUUUAAAGCUAUGUGCACAGAAUAUUUGUCUCCUCUACAUGUUUUAUUUUUCUAUUUACAAUUCCCUUUUCGUUGUUAUAUUUUAUACACAGAAUAGACCUUUUUUCUAACACAUUUGAACUGAAUAACAGAUUUAAAGAAAGCCUUUGUUCACAUUGCUGUUUACUUAUUGUGCUUGGGGAAAAAUGAGAGAUUGGUUUUUAAAAAAUGCCAUCUUUCAUGCAAUAUCAAUAUCAAAAGGAGAAGACAAACAUCUAUCUUUCUCAUCUAUAUUUAAGUACCUUUUUGUAAUGUAGUAUCAAAGUUUUUUAGGUAUUACAAAAUUUUACAAAUCACUUGUGGGAUGAAUGGUAUAACUAAUCUGAUGAAGUGGAAAUUAUUCUGCAAUAUUGUAAUUCAUAGUUUGACUUUUCAUAAGCAAAUAAAUCUGUAGGUUGUAAUCAGAACUUCAAACGUGUAAUUAAAAUUUUUCUUAAAAAAUCCAA